AUGUCCGAGAGUAAAAUCGAAAGUGCAACUUAUUCAACAACUACUGUUGAACGGCAUUCAUCACCGGUAAUCUGUGAUCAAUUAAGCAACGAUGAUGUUUUUCACUCAUUGGGUGCUUUAAGUUAUUCGGAUACGGAUCUCUCCAGCCAACAUAAACAACAGCAAUGUGUCGAAGAGUUCUAUUCACCGGCGGCAAUCGAUGGUAACUGUAAUACAUUUAGCAAUUUACAAACUACGCAACGUUCUCUAUCGACGAACGCGCUUGAUCAAUUAGUUCAACAGAAUGUAUCGCUUGAUGCGAGUCAAUAUCCUCUGAACAUAGAUCACUGCCCCGAACAUAUCCGUCGUCACAAUAACAAUCGAAUCACCUAUAAACAAGACAUAUCUGUUCGCUACUUACAACCACUCACUCCACCGCCACCGGGCCCACUCAUUGUUCGCGAAAUUCGAGCUGCGCAACUCCCGGAAGCUCCACCACUAGUCAUCCAGCAAAGACCUCCAGUUCCUAUGACUCCACCACCUCUUAUAAUACGUGAGCGACCACCUCUACCACCUCCUGUUAUACAAAGUCGUGUCGUCAAUAAGUACAUAGCAGCUCCUCCACCACAUCCGCGCAAAGUAAUUAUUGAACGACAAGCGCCACUUCCACAAAAACCUCAACCUAUUAUCAUUGAAAAGUGGCUCCCCUAUCGAACGCCUCCUAAGCAACGUGUGAUUGUACAGCCAGCUCCACCUCUUAUUCCUAGGCCGCCACAGAAGAAUACUAUCGUUACCUACGAUGCUCCUCACGUUGACGUUGUAAAGAAAGUUCAUGAUCUUGGUAUAGUACGCGUAGAUCCGCAUGUUUACGCUGCUCACUAUGGCUCACAACUGGCAGCCAAUGAAUACGUUCUUAACACUAUGGCAAAAUUCGGUAUUGGGAACAAUUAUAUGAAAAUGAUUCAAAUGCAAGCAAUGAAUCAACAUUUCAAUAAUCAUCGAUCAACAAUUUACGACCAAUGCAGUUCUGUAAAUACAUACAUACCACCACCUGUAGAUAAUUACCAUUAUCUUACAAAACGUGUCGAAGAAAUCAUAUUACCUGAUGGUAGUCGAAAGCGUCGCUCGAGUGUCAGCGGCUCUGAUGAACAAGAAAAUCGUCAGUUUUCACCAUCGUCUGGCUCGGGGCAACGUUCAUCAAAAUUCGGUCCCGGUCAAGCAUCGCCUUCUCAUCAUUCAAAUACCGGCUCAUUGAAUCCAUCUCAAUCGCCGGCACGUUCCAUGAAUCCUUCAUUGUCUAAACAACAUCCUCAAUCGUCAACAGUUUCAUUAACGCCAGCAAAUAGUCAUGAAAAUGUUACUCUGUAA